GAUGAUGAUGAUGACGCUGUCACGUGACACCUCGGCUCGGGGUUCCUCCGGACCCCUGUGCGCGCGGCGGAUGUGACACUCCGGAGCUCCAGCAGUCGGGAGAACCUCCUCCAGCGGGAAACAAUGACCCAGCUUGUUCUGUCCGAGCCGAGCUGCUUCCUCCUGUGGACCGCGCCGAACCGCCCCGGCUCGGAUCGAGUCUGCAGCUCCUGAGCGGGAUCACCGGUGUCUGCUGCGACCUCAGGGGUGGGGGGGUUCAGCCUCAGGACCACCUGCUGGGGGGAAGAAGAACCAUGACGCGCUCCGGCGCCGCGCUGCUCCGGUUUACCUCCCUCCUGUGUUUCCUCCUUCCAUCCUCCUCCUCCUCCUCCUCUUCCUCUCGACCUUGGUGGGUUCUCCAGCGUGUCCCUGUGGUCCUGCCUCAGCAGACGGAGGCCCGCCCCGCCCCACAGUUCCUGCACCCGGCGCACCUGGAGGUCACCUCCCACUGUGACCUGGAGUGCCACAAAAAGGCCCCCCGCCUGAGCUACUGGGACCUGCGGCACCUUCUGGCCUAUGAGACCCUCCAUUCCAAUGGUCAGCUCACCGAAACCGCCGUGGGGAUCUACGGCUACAGCCCCAACUGGGACACCAGCCCGGCGUACGGGACCUCCGGGCAGACCAAGGGCUCGCGUGUCCGCAGGAAACGACAGAUUUUUGGCCACGAUGGGCGGUUCAGCAUCGCGGGGCAAGACUUCCUGCUCAAAUACCCGUUCUCGGUGGCGGUCAAACUGUCCACCGGGUGUUCGGGGACCCUGGUGGGGGACCGCCACGUCCUCACGGCGGCCCACUGCGUUCACGACGGGAAGAACUAUGUGAAAGGAGCUCAGAAGCUCCGGGUCGGCUUCCUGAAACCAAAACGAGACGCGCAGCACUCACCCGGGCACCGCCUCUCGAACUUCACCAACCACGUGGAGGGAGGCCCGCCCCCCUUCGCCCCGCCCACCAACGACAGGAUGAAGUUCCAGUGGAUCCGAGCCAAGCGUACCCACGUCCCCAAAGGUUGGGUCAAAGGGAACGCCAACGACAUCGGGAUGGACUACGACUACGCUUUGCUCGAGCUCAAAAAGCCCCACAAACGGCGCCACAUGAAGCUCGGCGUCAGCCCCCCCGCACGCCGGCUGCCCGGCAGGCGGGUCCACUUCUCGGGCUUCGACAACGACCGCCCGGGUCGACUGGUGUACCGGUUCUGCCUGGCCGGCGAGGAGACGCCAGACCUGUUGUACCAGCACUGCGACGCCCAGCCGGGGGCCAGCGGCUCYGGGGUCUACGCCCGGAUGUGGGACGGGCGGCGGCGGCGCUGGGAGCGGAAGGUGAUUGGCGUGUUCUCCGGGCACCAGUGGGUGGAGCAGCAGGGGGCGUCGCAGGAGUUCAACGUGGCAGUGAGGGUCACGCCUCUGAAAUACGCACAGAUCUGCUACUGGAUCAAAGGGAACUUCGUGGACUGCAGGGAGGGCUGAGGACGGCCGUCCUCGCUCAGGCUCCGCCUACUCACGAUGCUCCGCCUUGAAGCCAAAUCGUUUGCUUGUGGAAGCCCCGCCCAACUCGUUAACAGGUUGUUACGGAGCCCGCGAGGGGACAUGGGAGAUUUUUUUCUUUUGCGUUCCCUCGCAAUAUUGUUUUGCGUUCCCACGC